CUCGCGCAUGCGCAUUUUCUUUCUCCUGCGAGGAGUUCCGGGGUCGAUCUGUCACCUCACACAUAAAAACAAACAAACAAAAACACACACACACGGCUGUGUCAACUUUCCAUUAUAUAUAUUUUUCUCACUCAAAUCAUUGAGAAGAGACUCUGGAGUUUCGUACUUACCCAAGGGGACGUCUGCAAAGAUGAACUUCAUCCGAGGAGUGAUGGGGGGCCAGGCAGCCGGGCCGCAGCCGACUGGAGCGGAGACGAUCCAGAAAUUGUGUGACAGAGUCGCCUCGUCGACUCUCCUAGAAGAUCGCAGGGAUGCGGUCCGUGCUCUUAAAUCCCUCUCUAAGAAAUAUCGCAUAGAGGUUGGCACGCAAGCAAUGGAUCACUUGAUAAACAUCUUGCAAACUGACAGGUCUGACUCUGAAAUUCUUGGCUAUGCUUUGGACACGCUGUACAACAUCAUCUGCAACGACGAGGAAGAAGAGCAAGACGAAUCAGAAGAUGAGACUUCCCAGAAGCAAGCAGAUGACCUUGGUGCCAAGUUCACAGAGGCCUUCAUCCAGGAUUCCGAGCACAUCACGCUGCUCCUCACCAUGUUGGAGGAGUUUGACUUCCACGUGCGUUGGCCUGCUGUGAAACUGCUGACAGCCCUCCUGAGGAACCAGUGUGUCCAGCUGCAGAGCAUCAUCCUGGUCAGCCCCAUGGGUGUCUCCAGAUUGAUGGACCUGCUGGCCGAUUCCAGAGAAGUCAUCCGAAAUGAUGGCUUGCUUUUGCUCCAGCAGCUAACUAAAGGCAACGCAGCCAUUCAGAAAAUUGUGGCCUUUGAGAACGCUUUUGAGCGCCUCCUGGAUAUCAUCACAGAAGAAGGGAGCAGCGACGGAGGCAUUGUGGUGGAGGAUUGCCUGCUACUACUGCGUAACCUCCUCAAGAAUAACAGCUCCAACCAGAACUUCUUCAAGGAGGGUUCGUUCAUUCAGCGCAUGAGGCCGUGGUUCGAGGUCGGCGACGACAACUCCGGCUGGUCUGCGCAGAAGGUCACCAACCUCCACUUAAUGCUGCAGCUGGUGCGAGUCAUGGUGUCCCCGGUGAACUCGCCAGGAGCUACGGCCAGCUGUCAGAAGUCCAUGUAUCAGUGUGGCCUGCUACAGCAGCUGUGCACCAUCCUCAUGGCCACCGGCGUGCCGGCAGACAUUCUUACUGAGACCAUCAAUACUGUGUCAGAAGUCAUCAGGGGGUCACAGGUCAACCAGGACUACUUUGCAUCAGUCAAUGCGCCAUCAAACCCACCCAGACCUGCAAUUGUGGUCCUGCUCAUGUCCAUGGUCAACGAGAGGCAACCCUUUGUGCUGCGCUGCGCUGUGCUUUACUGCUUCCAGUGUUUCCUGUACAAGAACCAGAAAGGGCAAGGGGAGAUCGUGGCCACUCUACUGCCUUCCACUAUUGACGCCAAUUCCAUCUCAGCUGGGCAGCUGCUGUGCGGGGGGCUCUUCUCGGCCGACUCCCUGUCCAACUGGUGUGCGUCGGUGGCCCUGGCGCAUGCCCUGCAGGACAACCUCACCCAGAAGGAGCAGCUGCUGCGGGUCCAGCUGGCCACCAGCUUGGGGAAGCCUCCCGUGUCCUUGCUGCAGCAGUGUACCAACAUCCUCUCCCAGGGUAGCAAGGUGCAAACCAGAGUGGGUCUCCUCAUACUGCUGUGCACGUGGAUCAACAACUGUCCCAUCGCCGUCACGCACUUUCUGCACAAUCAGGAAAAUGUCCCCUUUCUCACAGCGCAGAUCUCCGAGAACCUGGGAGAGGACGAACGUCUGGUCCAGGGCCUGUGUGCGCUGCUGCUGGGCAUCUGCAUUUACUACAAUGACAACUCGCUGGAAAACUACACCAAAGAGAAGUUAAAGCAGCUGAUCGAAAAGCGAAUUGGCAAGGAGAACUUUGUGGAGAAGCUGGGCUUUGUCACUAAGCACGAGCUGUACUCGCGUGCCGCCCAGAAGCCGCAGCCAGUUUUCCCAUCCCCGGAUCAGAUGCUCUUUGACCAUGAGUUCACUAAGCUGGUCAAAGAACUGGAGGGUGUCAUAACCAAAGCGGUGCACAAGUCCAGCGAGGAUGAGAAGAAGGAAGAGGAGGUAAAGAAGACGUUGGAGCAGCACGACAACAUCGUCACACAGUACAAAGAGCUGAUCAGAGAACAGGACGCCAAGAUACAGGAGCUGAAGGAGCAGGUAUCCUCCAUGACCACCCAGACUGAACAGAUGCAGACCACCAUGGCCCAGCAGCUGAGCCAGAUCCAGCAGCACAAGGACCAGUACAACCUCCUCAAGCUCAAGCUGGGUAAGGAAAACCCGAGUCACGCCAACAACACCCUGGGAGAUGGAACCCACUUCAAUGGCAUGCAGAACGAAGACGCGGCGCAGCUUCGAGAGGAGAUGGAGGCGCUGCGGAGUCAACACGGCCUUCUCCAGUCGCAGCUCAGUGAAAAAGACGCCAUUAUUGAAGCCCUACGGUCCGAAGGAUCUCAGCCGAGUGAAGGCACCAGAGGAGACUCAGACAACACGGAACUCCUCAAGGAGCUGGAGCUUCUGAGGAGUCAGGUCCAAUCGCAAGCAACCGAGAUCAACCAGCUGAAGAUGAACAAUGAAGGCCUGCUUACAGGAUCGGAAACUGAGUCGUCAGAUGCUUCCCCGAGCAGAGACACCUCAGCAGACGCCGCCAAGGUGGCCGAACUGGAGAGCAGACUGGUGGUGCAGACGUCAGAGAUGGAGAAACUGAAAGAGGAGGUCCGGGGCCUGAUAGAGGGCCGGGCGCAGCUGGAACAGCAGGCGGCCUCGGCCACAAGCUCGGCGGCCAUCUUGCAGACGGAGACGUCCAAGCUCGAAGCGGACCUGCUCGAGUCUAAGAAAGAGCAGGACGACCUGCUCAUGCUGCUCGCCGACCAGGACCAGAAGAUCCACAACCUCAGGCAGAGACUCAAAGACCUCGGAGAGACGGUGGACGACGAGGAUGAGUUGGACACCAGGGACCAGACAGACGAGGACGACGAAGACGAGGAUUUAGAAGACUAGAAGGACCGGCGUGAGGAACUUGGACUUUGAUAGCGAAGCAGGUGUCGCUGGUUCUUUUGUCUGCGGUGAUGGGCCCGUUUGCUCUUCACGCCCCACGUGACAAUCUGUUUUCCCUUUUUAGCAUCUUGAGUCAAAAACAAACAACUCCGUGCGUUCAUCUCUAGAGUUAACACGCUUCCAAACAGCAACAACAAAAAGUUCUUUUAAACUCACCUGACACAUUUAGUCUUAUUAAAAAAAAAAAUUUGCAUAAAUAUCAUGUUUAAUUGCUCUACAAUAUGCUGCAUAAACUGACACAAGAUGUAAAAAGAGGAGGGGGGAAAAGACAUUAUUUUUGUCAACCAACUAUACUGUGUAAACAUUUAUGAGCCAACUUGAAAAGAUUUAUGGAAGAAUUAUAAUUGUUGGUAAAUUAAAUUUUACUAAAUUAAAA